AAUGACAUAAUUUUGGCGGAUGUUCGUUUCUACAGUUUUCCCGCGAUUUGGGAGAAGAGCGAAUCAAUCACUUGCUACCUUAUGAGCAUUAAUCAACCCUUAGCGGUUUUGUGCUGGGGUUGUCUGACUGGGAUUUAAAUUUAAAACGUUGUUAGAGUGAGACUGUACAGGGGUUUUAGCGACUCUGCUGUUCAUAUUUAGUUUCACAGGUUCCAGCACCGGAUCGUAUUUAAAAAAAAGUAAACUGUCGACAUGCCACCUAAAAAGCGUAGUACUGGGACACCUCUCAGCAAGGAAAUAAAGCACAACGCAGUCGACUCCACAGUCAAGGAUACUAUUUCAGAAUUGUCUAGUGACGGAGUCAAAGACAAGGAUGCAGACUUUGUGACACUCUCUGAGAAGUUGAAGAUUAAUGAUGAAGUGUGUGACCAUGCCUGGAGCAUAUGGGACUCAGUGCGAGCCUCUAAGGACAUUGUCCUGGACACCAACCUCAAGGUCUGGGGUGCUUGUCUGUUCAUUGCGGCGACAGACCUGGAGGUCAUGACCUUCACCUUCACUGAGAUACAGAAGGCUGUGAAUCUAAAUGUGAAGCAGUUCUUUAACCUUCUGAAGAAGUUGGAUGUAAACAUGGACACCAUCAGCACCAAGGUGAAUGGCGCCAUGGCCCGGCUGGAGAAGAAGUACGAGGUGUCCCAUGCGCUUUUCCAGCGCUUUGAAAAGUUGUGUGGGAAAAUCUAUGCUGAGCCACCUGACUCCAAGGAGAAGGACAGCCUGGAUGGAAAGCGGAUCAUUCACACAUGUUGGACACUGUUCCUCGUGGCUAAAGGAAGGGUGCUGCAGAUGGAGGAUGACCUAGUGAUUUCCUUCCAGCUGCUCAUGUGUGUACUGGAGUUCUGCAUUCGGCGCAGCCCUCCCUCCCUGCUCCUGCAGCCUUACAAAACGGCUACAAACAGGCUGGUUCAGCCCAUGACUCGGACAUCCCGGCGCAAUCACAGCAAAGGUAAACCCCGCUCCCCUGAAGUGAACCUGCAUCUUCUGGAGACCCUCUGCAAGGAGAAUGAGUGCAGUGUGGAUGAGGUGAAGAAUGUAUGCCUGACCAGCUUCUCAAUCUUCAUGGAAUCGAUGGGCCUGUCGGACACUGAGGAGCUACCUGAGGUCUCUGAGCUUUCCAGUCAAUAUGAAGAACUUUACCUCAAAAGCAAAGACUUUGAUGCUAGGCUGUUCUUGGAUCAUGAUGAGACACUUCAAAUGAGCACUAUAGACUUUGCACAGCUGGAGAGAACCCCCAAGAAAAACCAGUUGGGAGACGAGCCUGUUGUCAUCCCCCCUCAGACCCCUGUCAGAGCGGCCAUGAACUCCAUUCAGCAGCUCAGGGUUGUCCUUGCUUCUGCCAGUGAUGCCCCAUCAGAGGUCUUGUCAGCGUAUUUCAAGAACUGCACAGUGGACCCAACUCAGGAGAUCACCCAGAGGGUAAGGCGUCUCGGGGAGCACUUCAGCCAGCGGUUCGCUCAGGCCAUGGGACAGCGCUGCAUGGAGAUUGGCUCUCAGCGGUUUACCCUUGGGACCCGGCUGUACUACAGAGUCAUGGAAUCCAUGCUGAAAUCGGAAGAAAGGAGACUGUCUGUGCAGAAUUUCAGUAAACUACUCAAUGACUCUGCCUUCCACACUUCAUUGCUUGCCUGUGCCCUGGAGGUUGUCACAGCAACAUACCGCGGAACUGGAGGGUUUGGGGUUGCUGUGGAAACUGAUCUCUCGUUCCCCUGGAUCCUGGAUGUAUUCCAGCUGGUCGCCUAUGACUUCUAUAAGGUGAUUGAGAGCUUCAUCAAGGCAGAGCCAAGUCUGAGCCGAGACAUGAUCAAACACCUGGAGCACUGUGAACACCUGGUUAUGGAGAGCAUCGCCUGGAGAGGGGACUCCCCACUGUUUGAGCUCCUGCAUCAGGCCCGGGAGGAAGGGCCAGGGGAGCAAGCUGAGCCCCCUGCAACCCUAAACCAGCCACUGCAGCAUAACCACACAGCUGCUGACCUGUACCUCUCUCCCCUACGCCCCAGCAACCGGAUGUCCCCUGGAGCAGAGGCCCAGGCCAUACCCACCCCGCAUUACCCUACACAGGCCCCCCGGCACCCUAGAUCUACCUCUCUCUCUCUCUUCUACAAAAAAGUGUAUCGGCUGGCAUACUUGCGUCUGAACAUGAUGUGCUCCCGCCUGCUUACCUCUCAUCCCGAGCUGGAGCCAGUCAUGUGGACCCUGUUCCAGCACACACUACAGCAUGAGUAUGAGCUAAUGAGAGACCGCCACCUGGACCAGUUGAUGAUGUCAGCCAUGUAUGCCAUCUGCAAAGUGAAGAACAUUGAUUUGAGAUUCAAGACCAUCGUCACAGCCUACAAGAAUCUUCCCAACACCAACCAGGAGACCUUCAAAAGGGUGCUGAUUCGUGACGGUCAGUACGAUUCCAUCAUAGUCUUCUACAACCUGGUGUUCAUGCAGAGGCUGAAGACCAACAUCCUACAGUAUGCCUCUCCAAGGCCUCCAACUUUGUCGCCUAUCCCCAACAUCCCCUGUAGUCCCUAUAAGUACCCCAACUCCCCCCGGAAGGUCCCAGGGAGCAAUAAUGUGUACAUCUCUCCUCUGAAGAGCAGCCGGAUGUCCCCCAGUGUCAUAACCCCCCGCUCCAGAAAAGUAACUGUGUGUGUGUGCACGUUCAUAUGCACACAUCUCUUCCUUAGAAUCCUGGUAUCCAUUGGUGAAUCAUUUGGGAUAAGUUCAUCAGAUAAGUUCUCUAAGAUCAAUCAGAUGGUGAGCAGCAGUGAUUGGACCCUAAAGAGGGGUUACGAUGGAGGUUCUGCCCCCAAGCCACUGAAGAGGCUGCGCUUUGACAUGGAUGGACAGGAUGAAGCCGAUGGAAGCAAACCCAGUGGAAAGUCUACUUUGAUACAGAAACUGGCAGAAAUGACCUCCACUCGAACCCGGAUACAGGAACAGAAGCUGAAGGAGGAUGCAAACUCUGUGAAGAGGGAGGAGCCUUGAAUGGUGACUGGCACGUAGGACUGUAGCUACACCUUGCCAAAACUGUAGAGCAAAAGCUCCCAUUUGAAACGUGCGAUUUUUAAAACAAUUUAUUUAGCCAUGGUCUCACUAAAUCUGUAUGUAAACAGUACUCUGGCUAGUCUUUAAAAUGCAAAAAAAAAAAAACAAACAAAAAAAACGCAUCUUUAUGCAUUCUGUAAUAAUUAGUAAUGUCUACAUUUGCCUUGUUUUUAUUUUAAUUAUUUGUUUUAUGAAUUCUUAAAUUCUGUAAUUAAAAUGUUUUUAAAAUGUUAAUUAGUAAAUAAUGAAGAUGGCCUCAAGGUUUAAGUGGGGGGCCAAACCAGCUACACAAUGUAAUAUUUCCCCCCUAUGUUUUUUUAGAAUUUGAAUUUUAUAUAUAUAUAUAUAUAUAUAUAUAUAUAUAUAUAUAUAUAUAUAUAUAUAUUGUAUAUAUAUAUAUAUAUAUAUAUAUGUAUAUAUAUAUAUAUAUAUAUAUAUAUAUAUAUAAAACCCUACUGCAAGAAAAACAUGACCAUGAACUGGGAUCACAUCCCACCAUAGCAUAACUUUGGGAACAUAUGUAGUGGUGCCAUUGCAAAUAUAACCAGAAUCAAUGAGAUACUGCUGAGCUGAAAUUAAGUGUCCCUUUUUUAUGGCCAUAUUUCACUCAAAAAAAAAAAAAAAAAAGUGACUGUAGUGACUACCAAUACCAAUGGUAUGACUAAUGACAAAAGUCUGUCAUUUCAAGUACAUAAUAUCACCCUUUUGAAUAUAAUUCUCACUUCACACUUGAUGAUGAUUACAUCUGUCAUAUUAAUGCCAUUUAUGAUUUCAAUGAAAAAAAAGGCAAACAUUUUUCUGUAAAAAAAGGCCCAGGUUAUAGUACCCUGUAAAACACCCAAGGGAAACCACUACAGGAACAUUCAAUGCCUUGAGUGUGGUCCCCUAAUGAUGCUGGUCCUGCUGUAAAACUGGUAUUUAAGUCUUGGAAAUCAGGUCACAAAUGUUGUGGACAAAGGGACAGAGCUAAAGUGACCAUCAGUUCACUUAAAAAUGUUAAGUUUUUCUCCAAUCUGUGCGUUGAUCUUUUUCACUACCUUUUGUAGAAAGGCCGUUUCUUUUUAAGGACACUACUGAAAUAUAAAUGUGGCGAAGUUCUCUACAAAAUAUGGGCGGUUGGCUUUCAUUUAGGCAUCCUAGCACACACGUGUCCUGUCUCACAUGUCUGCACAGGCCUCAUGUCUCAGGCUGGUGCAGAGCAGAGCCAGUAUUAUUGCAUUUGCUAUUGAGCCAUAUUGUCUGCUAGACUAAGAGAUUGGAUGAGAAACUACUGAGUAGACCCUGUCAGUCAUCUGACAAUAUUUAUUUUUCUUUGGGCAAAAGAAUGAAUGAUAUUAGUACACUUAUUAAUACCCUUCCAUUUUAUUGGUACAAGCGGUGUGAUUUGAACACAACCCCUUUCUGUAUGUCUUUUUUUGUGGAGGGCAUUAGAAAUAAUUCACUUAUAAUCAUCUCUUGUCUGUGUAUGAGUCUCUUUCUUUGACUUCCAUUUAUGAGCAAGGACUGCUUUAUGGUACCACAGUACACGUUUCACAUGAUGUGAAAUAUGCUUAUUUUUAUUUUUUAAAUGUUAUAUAUGUAUACAUUGGCCACAAGUUUAACAAAAAAAAUAAAUUCUGAUUUCAAUUUGAUUCCAUUUUAAAAUUGAUCACAUUUUUAUCUGCUGGAUGUUUGGAAGACUAACAUUUAGAAUUUUGUGAAUUCCAGAAUUCUUUUGUGCAACAUUUUAAUUUGACUGCUUAUCAAAUAAUUUCAAGUUAUUUUAAGUGUUAAAAAUGUACUACCUGUUCCAUAGUUAGAAACUGACAUAAGAAAUGUAGUGCUAUGGUAAUAUGGCAUUUUUUUGGCUAACAAGUUUUUUAAAAUCGAUGAGUGGGCUUUACAGUAGAGAAAGUAGAAGGACGGUAUAGGACAUGCAUUUGGUGUUAAUUUGGUGAUUUACACUUGUAUUGGUUAAUAGCUACUGUUGUGGGUACAAUAAAUGAAAUGUUUAACAUUU